UCAUAUAUUUAUAUAUUUUCAACUCCAUAACUGAGAGAAACUACUAGACUCACGCUUCGCUUCGUUUUUAGGGUUUCACGGCCUCUCUUUACCAUUUUUAGCCAAUAUGAGUCGUCAUCCUGAGGUGAAGUGGGCCCAGAGGGUGAACGAGGUUUACAUUACAGUGCUAUUGCCUGAUGCCAAAAAUGCAAAGGUUAAGCUUGAGCCAGAAGGAGUUUUCAUUUUCUCUGCCAGUGCGGGAGUGGAUGACAACCUUUAUGAGCUGAAGUUGAAUCUUUUUGAUAAGGUUAAUGUAGAGGAAAGCAAAAUAAAUAUAGGAGUAAGGAGCAUAUUCUGUAUCGUGGAUAAGGCAGAGAAAGUGUGGUGGAAGAGGCUGCUACGUGAAGAUGGCAAGGCUCCACAUUUUGUUAAAGUAGAUUGGGACAAAUGGGUGGAUGAAGACGAGGAUACUGCUGGUGGUAAUGAUUUGGAUUUGGGAGGAAUGGACUUCUCGAAAUUUGGUGGCAUGGAAGGCAUGGAAGGCAUGGGAGGCAUGGGAGGCUUGGGAGGUAUGGGAGGCAUGGGAGGCUUGGGAGGCAUGGGAGGCAUGGGAGGCUUGGGCGGCAUGGCAGGCUUGGGAGGCAUGGCAGGCAUGGAAGGCUUGGGAGGCAUGGGAGGCAUGGGUGAUGAUGGAAUGGGUGACUUUGAUGAUAGUGAUGAUGAAGAGCAAGAAGUCGCAAAGCCGGAAGGAGAUGAGAAGGCGGAAGUAGGAGAUGCUGUUAAAAGUGAAGAGAGAAAAGAAGCUGCUCCAAGCACAUAAUGUUGUGCUGGGGGUGGUUCAGAAUCGGGUUUAACUAUGGCUUUGAAUUUGUGAGGGUUAAAUUGUGUCAGUCUCUAUGACUGCAUCAAUCAAUGCGUGUUGUUUGCUCUAACGGAGUUGAUGAUUUUACUGAUAUUCAGGUUCGCACAAUAUAUUGUGUUCGCUAAGCAUUAAUUUGUCUUACAGACAGGCAAAUACUAUUUUUACUUCAACUUAGGAUGUUUAGUAACUUUGUUUCAUUGAUGAUAAUUCCAAGUGAUAUCUGGAUUUGAUUCUUA